CGUGACUGCAGCAGCAGCAGUGCUCGCGCACACGCGCCACCCUCUUCCUCCUCCUCGCCGUCUGCCUCAGUGUCCUCAAUGUAAACACAGCGCCCGCGCGCUUCUGUUGUUGUAAUUUUGGGGGGUUUUUUUGCGCGCGCCUCGCCUUUUUUUUGCGCACCUGUCGUUCUGCGCGCGCCUCGCCUCGCCUCGCCUCGCCAUGCCAUGGAUAUCCUGUGGCAAUACCAGUUCAGGAUCAUCUUGCUGGGCGACUCCACCGUGGGCAAAUCCUCGCUGCUCAAACGGUUCACGGACGGCGUGUACAGCGACGUGGCUGACCCCACGGUCGGCGUGGAUUUCUACGCGCGCUCGCUGGACAUCGAGCCUGGGGUGAAGAUCAAGCUGCAGCUGUGGGACACCGCCGGCCAGGAGCGAUUCAGGUCCAUCACCACUUCCUAUUAUCGCAACUCGGUGGGCGGCCUCCUGGUCUUUGACUUGACUAAUCGGAAAACCUUCGACCACGUGCGGGAGUGGCACCGCGAGGUCAGCGAGCACAUCCUGCCGCACCACAUGGUCUACAUCCUGGUGGGCCACAAGAGCGACCUGAGCCGGGAGCGCAAGGUGUCUCGGGACGAGGCGGAGCAGCUGGCGGCCGAGCUGGGCGUGCGCUACGUGGAGACGUCAGCCAAGUGCAAUAGCAACGUGGAGCGCGCCUUCGAGCUGCUCACGCGUGACAUCUACGAGCUGAUGAAGAUGGGAGAGAUCUCCACCCGCGACGGCUGGGACGGCGUGAAGAGCGGCCUGACCGCCAAGGUCCUGUACCCGGCCGAGGAGGAGGCAGAGAGGGAGAAGAGCUGCAACUGCUGACUCGGGCCGACCGCACUUUAACCUUUCACCUGUUUGUGUCCGUGUCAGUCUGUCGCUCACUUUUCACGCCUUCGCUCCCUGUGUGAGGCCUCGGCGAGGGCCCAGUGACGUCAUCGCACCACUCGCCCCUGCACUGUCGUCGUCGUCGGUCUCCACGCUGGGAAAAUGCUGUUUCGUGAACUAAGCCUCUCUGAAUUGGAUAGACCUCAGGUUGGAUAAAUCUGAGCCCGGAUGGACAGAGCACAGCUCUGAGGGAGAGCCAUCAGAUACAGGGAGAUAUCUCAGAAGUGUCGUUGUUGAAACACCUGGCGCCAGACUUCUGUUUUUAUGUUCACAGGGUUCCUUAUGUUCUCUUCCAGCUGUAAAGCUCUUGUUCCUUUUGUCGUAUUGUGAUGAGACCCUCAGAGGCCAUGGCACACUGACCCAACAUGCCAACUAAUUAGGGAUGUGCAUUCUGACUGAUUUUGAUCUGUAAGAGUUAAAGUGUGGAUUUUUGGUGAACUGUGGAGAACAAAAAUUAUUCAGCUGACAAUGAGUUCUCAUAAUUAGAGCGUCCAUUGUGAUGCCCUUUUCUAAAAUCUUUACGUUAAAUGGGGGACGGACACCCCUAGAUUGGCACCAGUGCCUAAAUAAUUAGCUAGUAUAGUAUAGUAUAGUACAGUAUAGUAUAGUAUAGUAUAGUAUAGAUAGUAUAGUAUAGUAUAGAUAGUUAGCUAUAACCACUUUUCCACUGCAUGGUAUCCGCUCAACUCUGCUCUAAUCGGUUUCGACCAGGCAAAUAUGGUACCUGAUACCUGGUAAUGGGUACUGUUUUCGGUACCACCUCCAUCAAGGUUCUGGUCUGAAAACCAGAAUCGUCUCAUCGUCUCAAACCAGAAUCGUCUCAUCGUCUCAAACCAGAAUCGUCUCAUUGUCUCAAAACCAGAAUCAUCUCAUCGUCUCAAAACCAGAAUCCUCUCAAAACCAGAAUCGUCUCAUCUUCUGAAACCAGAAUCGUCUCAUCGUCUGAAAUCUGAAUCAUCUCAUCGUCUCAAAACCAGAAUCCUCUCAAAACCAGAAUCCUCUCAAAACCAGAAUCGUCUCAUCGUCUGAAACCAGAAUCGUCUCAUCGUCUGAAAUCUGAAUCGUCUCAUCGUCUCAAAACCAGAAUCGUCUCAUUGUCUGAAAUCUGACGUGGUUUUUGCCAAACGUUCCUGUUGUUUUCGGCAGUCUUUUGUCUCGCUGUCAUCAGCCUCUUCUGAACAAAACGCCUCCUUCACGUCAGCAGUUUCAUUUGGCAUCGCUAUGACGACCAGCUGCAUGGAGGAGGUGCUGUAUCUGCAGUGGAAAAUGAAGUAGCUGGUACCAGAAGCGAGUAAAGUUGAGUCGAGUGGAGUCGAGCCGAGUUCAACUGGUACCAUGCAGUGGAAAAGCGGCUUACGCUAAUGAGGGAGGCAGGACAGCAGUGGCGCAGCUUCGUGCCUGAACCUGUCGCGUAAUCCCAACUGGCAGGAAAUCUAAACCCAUUCUGGUUUGGUUUGAUGAAAAUACACCACAAAAGCCACUUUAAUCUUCAAAAGAAAUGCUAACAUUAGCCUAGAUUGUGGGGCGUUAAUGGAAUUCCUGUUUUUUAGGACAGAGGACCAAAAUCCAAGACGAUCCAGGAAAAUCCCGUACAGUACACAAACGGGCUGAACCCGUGUCCGUGUGGUGGUGCUAGCAGGCUCAAAGCAUCAGAAAGGCGUGGCAGUAAACAAAACUGUACGUUUAAAAACGAGCUCUGCCGCUCAAGAGAAAUUGUGUAGCCACACCAGGCUAAACUGGUAGCAACUGUUAGCAUUAGCUCGUUAGCACAGCUAAGCAGGCUUCGCUAACGAGCUAAUGCUAACAAUACGAACCAGCGCUGCGGCGGAAGACUCGUCGGUUUCUUCUCCUCAGUGGAUGAUGUGCCCACAUGUUAGUUUGUGAGGGUAACACUGAGAACAGUGACAUAUCUGUUCAAAGUUUUCGGUUCUAGCUAACAGCAGCUAGAGUAGUUAGCCUAGCUAAGACAGGCUAUCUCAGUCUGGUUCUAACGGUGUGUCUUUAGCAAUGCGCUCACGCUGAGGCACUUCAUGCUUUGUAGUGGCAAAGCAGAAAUGACUGCAUCUUAAAUUCAACCAAAACUUCAAAGCAGUUGCUGAAUUGUUAGUUUCUAUAUGUUCUCUUGACGUUCUGCGAUGAAGAGAAACUCCUACGUGAAUUUCUGUGAUUUCAGCAUUCGAACACUGGCACCUGGAACCGUAACAGAGUACUCGAGUACCCGUGCGCAUCCCUACAGUAUAGACCCUGAUGUUCUUCUGUGGGGGGGUCAACUUUAUUUUGUUAUAGUACAAGAGGAAAUAACCAGUGUGGAGAACAUUCUAGAACCAUGUCAGUGAAGUGUUUUAGGAUGGUAUGAAUGAAAGAAGGACAUUCUAGAACGCUGUGAAUGGAGUGUUUUAGGACGGUGUUAGUGAAGGAAGAAUGUUCUACAACAGUGUGAAUGAAGGAACAACAUUCUCAAACUGUGAAAAAUUCUAGAACCGUAUGAGUGUGGAAGACAAUCUAGAACAAUGUGAAUGGGGGGGGUUAAAUAAUGUGAAUAGAGGGAGAAUGUUCUAGAACAGUGUGAAUGGAGAGAGAGAACAGUCUAGAACAGUCUGAAUGGAGGGAGAGCAUUCUAGAACUGUGUGAAUGGGGAAAAGGUUCUAGAACCGUUAAUGGGGAGAGAACAUUUCAAAACAAUGUAAAUUGAGGAAGAACAUUUUCAAACUGUGAACAGGAAAAGAUUCUAGAACAGUGUGAGUGGGAAAGACAAUCUAGAACAUUUUGAAUAAGGGGGGAGAAGAACUGAAUGGAGAGAGAGAGAGAACAUUCUAGAACAGUGUGAAUGGAGGGAGGAUGUUCUAGAACUGUGUAAAUGGGGGAAAGAUUCUAGAACUGUUAAUGGGGAGAGAAAAUUUUAAAACAAUGUAAAUUGAGAGGGGACGUUCUAGAAGAGUGCGAAUGGGAAAACAUUCUAGAACCGUGUGAAUUAAGAGAAAACGUUCUGGAAAGGUUUGAACGGGGAGAACUUUUUAAAACUGCAUGAAUAGAUGAAGAACAUUCUAGGACAUUCGGCCUCCUUCACCACCAUGUUCUUAAGUGUGUUCUUGAGGAAGAUCAAGUCCAUGUCGGAUUCAUGACGUGUUCUUGUGGCGCAGAACUGUUCUCACCUUUGUGCUCUUGAGUCUACGUAGAUUCUGUUCUCUCACCCAAGAGCAAAUCCCAGACAAGAGAACGUCGGAGAGUCAGAGUCUUCGUCGAAACUGCGUAAACCGGGUUCAAGAAGAAAUUUCUUCUGAAGAACAUUUGGUGAACGAGGCCCGGUGUGAGUGUGGAGAGCGCUCUAGAACAGCGUGAAUGGAGAGAUGAUUCUAGAACAGAGUGGGGUAAGAACAUUUCUGCGCCAGUGUGAAUGCGGGAGAACACGUUUUGUGUUCUAGAGCCACACGUCUGGGUUUGUUGGCAUGUGCUGGGUCAGUGCGCCGAGGCCGUGACGGUCCCUCUGUGGAAAACUUUACACGUUGAUCUUUUUCCACUGGAAUUACUUUUAUUUUACGUUUAACUGCUUUUAUUUAUUUCCCUCCUUCUUUAUUUCAUCUCUGCUGUACAUAUUUCCAGCUUUCUCAGCGAAACGAGUCACACAUGAACUUAGAUUUUAAAUAGGUUGCAUACUUUACAGCACAGCUACGAUGUAAACAUGGGCAAAGGCCUCGGGAAAACUGGGGUGUCCCGGUUUGUGUGAUUGGCACCUGUUGUGUUUUUUUUUUUUGUUUUUUUUUUGCG